AUGUCGAAGGUGCUUUGGUGCCUGUCGCUCGCGCUGCUGUUGACGGCCCGCUUGUCGCGGGCGACGAACGAUUACACCAAGUAUGGACCGUACAACUCCGAAAGCAGCAAGGACUGGAUGAAGAUGGACCCCGCCACUGGGUGCAAGGCCCGGCAGUGUCACGUCACGGUGACGGUCACGCGGCCGAGGGUGCUGGCCGAUGAGGACUACGAACCGGGGCGGAGGCCACCCUUCCCGACGGUCUUUUUCCUGAACGGCUUCCAGAUGUUCUCGACCUACUACAAGGACUACGUGGAGCUGCUGGCGUCGUGGGGCUACGUGACGGUGCAAUACGACCUGCCCACAAUGGCGGUGGCUUCCGACAGUGUCGAGGCGAGGUACCUGGGACCCCUGCUGGACUGGCUGGAGGACCAGCAUAGUACCAUGGGCAGUUUUGUGAAUGGCCUCAUUGAUAUGGACAGGCUGGCAGUGUCAGGGCACAGCAGGGGUGCAAAGUUGGCAGCACUGCAUCUGACACAGAAUCCAGAGAUUAAGACUGCAUACCUAAUCGAUCCAGUAGACUGUGACAAGAAGUAUCGCAAGGAGAGUCCAGAGAACCCCAGUGCUGUGAAAGCACUGGCAGCAGGCCCUCCGCGGCAUGUUGGCAUCGUAGGAUCAGGAGACGUGGGGAGUUGCAACCCCGUAGGGUCGAACUACAACAAUUUCUGGGGUGCAGUGGGCAAUGGCUCGUGGCUCACAGUGGUGUCCAAGUGCACGCACUCCCAGUUUAUCAAUGCACCACCUCUUGCGGCAGCUAUGUUCAACAUGUUGUGUGGAACUGGCAAAACAAGCACCCAGGACGUUAUUCGCAGCACGAGGCCAGGAUUGGUGGCUUGGAUGGAAGGCACCCUGUAUCAGUCACACCUGCAUGCACUUGUCAGGGAGCACCUGUCUGGUCAACAGGUUGUUGUGCAGGCAGGAUCUUUCCUCGAUGCGUUUUUCCAGUGGGUAUAUCGGAUGGAGGCGGAGGACAUCUUCACUUUCAAUGUCAAGACCUCUGCCAGCUCAGUGGCUGCAGAACGUUCUCAGGCAGUCCAGCAGGCGGCUGUCGUGGCAACAACCUGA